AUGGAAUAUUUUACCAUCGUGUCAAUAUCAAGUUACUUGGGUUUGUUUGCAGCAGAUGUAUCUGAACUCUUUGAAUGCAGUUGUUCCUGCCGCUGCCAUUGGGGCUCAUGUAGUGUUACCGAUAGCUCCUGUGUCUAUAGAGGAGAUCUUUGUGAUUUGUGUUCACAAGAAUGUCCAAUCUGCCGAGAACAGACUACAUUAUGUCAAAUAAGUCCUCCAACUUGCCCUCCCUGUCAAUAUUCAAGUACAUCUCCAAUAAAUUGUACAGGUUCUACAUCUGAGAUUAUUUAUGCUACAAACACAGCUUGUCCUCCUUGUCCAACUCCAAAUAAAAGCACUGUUUACAUCGGUUCUACGGCAGAGGCGUCAACGACCGUUUGCCCCCCUUGCCCAUGUACAUCGUCAGCAGGAAAAUAUACUGGUUCUACAGCAGAGAGUUUUACUAAAGAUGCUGAUUCUGUUCAAAGUGCAGAGGAGAUUUCAAGAGGUAAUGCUUUCUCAGCUGGAGUUGUGGUCGGCGCGUUAUUCGGUGGACUGGUGCUUGGAUUUAUCAUAACAUCAUCUGUCUUUAUUUAUUUUUGGCAAAGAGCAAGAAAAGAACAGGAGAAAAAGAACAAUCUCUUGCAAAAUUAUAACCAUAACCCAGCGUACGAGAACGGAGAUUAUGAUCAAAUGAAUACAAGAAACAAGACACAAAAACCUACAAAGGUAUCACAUGUUAAUCCCAUUCCGAGAGAGGAGAGCAUUUCUACAUCCAACUUCACAGAAGACGGUGUAUAUAACCAUUUAAAUGAAUCAGUCAAAGCUACAACAAAUACAGAUGACGUCUACGACCACGCUAGACCGCAUUCCUCGACGUCAUUACAUUGUGAAGGGUACGGAACUUUGGUGUUUGAUCAUGAAGGAAAUGAUGUUUACAUGGAAGGAUAUAGAGACAAAGGAGCUGGAUGCAGUGUUAGAAUGGACACUAAAAAUGAACAUACUGAUCAUAAUUACUUUGUCCUUGAAAAAGAAACCAUCUAAUCGAUAGAAUUUUAU